ACAGAAUAUUCUAGUUUUCAACGGCUUACGCCAGGAAGAGACACACCGUCUGGCAUGUUAUUGUAAGGAUUUCAUGAAUUUCGUGAAUUGUGCUGACAUUCUCAUCAGGUGCGAUGCAGCAGACGUUGACUCCUCACGUGUACUGGGCUCAGCGGCAUGAGGACAUCUACCUGCGAGUGGAGCUGAUUGAUGCGCAGAAUCUUGACAUCAGCGUACAUGAUAAUGUCCUCCGAUUCAGGGCCCAGGGUCAUGGAGCAAGAGGAGAAAAUGAUUAUGAGUUUAGUCUGCCAUUUCUUAAUGCUGUGAAGACAGAGGUGAGUCACAGGUCGACCCAGCGCCAGGUGAACAUCACAGUCCGUAAGCAGCUGAGCGGCUGGUGGGACAGACUCACCCUGCAGGAGAAGAAACCUCUGUUCCUGGCUCCUGACUUCGACCGCUGGAUGGACGAGUCUGACCUUGAGAUGGAGCUACGGGAGAAGGAGGAGAAAAAGAUCCGACUGAACAUGGAGUCAAGGGUGCCAGAGGACUCGUUCAUCACUCUGAAGAAAGGUUUUCUGUUCACCUAUAACCUGGUUCAGUUCUUGGGCUUCUCCUGGAUCUUUGUCAACAUGACCAUCAGACUCAUUGUACUGGGACAAGAUUCUCUCUAUGACACAUUCUACACCAUCUCGGACGUGAUGUUUUUCUGCCAAAUAUUAGCCAGUGUAGAAGUGCUCAACGCUAUGUUUGGAGUGGUCGAGACUGCGGUGGUUCCUGCUUUCAUACAGGUGGUUGGUAGGAACUUCAUCCUCUUCAUCAUCUUCGGCAGCCUGGAUGAGAUGCACAACAAAGCAGUGGUUUUUACUGUCUUCUACCUCUGGAGCGCUAUAGAGAUGUUUAGGUAUCCGUUCUACAUGCUGGGUUGUAUCGACACAGAAUGGAAGACGAUCACCUGGCUGAGGUAUACCAUCUGGAUACCCCCUUACCCUCUGGGGGUGCUGGCUGAAGCGGUUGCAGUGGUCCAGUCCAUCUCAGUGUUUGACCAGAGCAGACUGUUCAGUAUCCCUCUACCAAAGCUGGGCCUGGGCUCCUCUGUCAGCUUCUCCUAUGUCCUCUAUAUCUAUCUACCUCUCAUGGUCACUUCGAGACUGUUCUAUGUCCUCUAUAUCUAUCUACCUCUCAUGGUCAUCAGUAAGAGACUGUUCUAUGUCCUCUAUAUCUAUCUACCUCUCAUGGUCAUCGGUAAGAGACUGUUCAAUGUCCUCUAUAUCUAUCUACCUCUCAUGGUCAUCAGUAAGAGACUGUUCUAUGUCCUCUAUAUCUAUCUACCUCUCAUGGUCAUCAGUAAGAGACUGUUCUAUGUCCUCUAUAUCUAUCUACCUCUCAUGGUCAUCGGUAAGAGACUGUUCUAUGUCCUCUAUAUCUAUCUACCUCUCAUGGUCAUCGGUAAGAGUCUGUUCUAUGUCCUCUAUAUCUAUCUACCUCUCAUGGUCAUCAGUAAGAGACUGUUCUAUGUCCUCUAUAUCUGUCUACCUCUCAUGGUCAUCAGUAAGAGACUGUUCUAUGUCCUCUAUAUCUAUCUACCUCUCAUGGUCAUCAGUAAGAGACUGUUCUAUGUCCUCUAUAUCUAUCUACCUCUCAUGGUCAUCAGUAAGAGACUGUUCUAUGUCCUCUAUAUCUAUCUACCUCUCAUGGUCAUCGAUCUACCUCUCAUGGUCAUCAGUAAGAGACUGUUCUAUGUCCUCUAUAUCUAUCUACCUCUCAUGGUCAUCAGUAAGAGACUGUUCUAUGUCCUCUAUAUCUAUCUACCUCUCAUGGUCAUCGGGCUCCUCAUCAACGUCCGCCACCUGUACAAGCAGAGGAAGAAGAGGUUCCGGACCAAGAAGAGGAAAUCUAACUGAGAUCUUUUUGACCUUUGAUCUCCAACAACACCUCUGCUGCCUAUCUGUUCCCAUCGGUCUCAUUUAGUGACAUCAUCUCAACUAGGGUGACAAAAUUCUGGCAACUUUCCCAGAAGUCCCAGUUA